CUUCAGCGUUGACGGUCUGUCACAUUUCACGCUGACACCAGGCGAACGCUGUGCUCAUCAGCUCACAUCCACAUACGCUCACACAGGGCGCACAAUAGCAUCGACAGAUAGGGCACAGCGGAGAAGAGCGCGCCGGAGCUGCAAAAGCUGCUCUUGAGAGAAAGCAGAAGAGGCAAAAGUGUAAAAAAGAUAAAAAAAUAAAUAAACAGAGGAAAUCCCCCGAAAGGAAAUGCCAAUCGCAGCCGCUGGACAGCCAACAACUCAGGCGCCCAGAGUUUGCCCCCGGCUGCCCUCCACCCCGGAGCCCGUCCCCAAAGGGGCUGAUUUAUUCGACGAGGCGGGGGCAGCGGAAUCGCCGGAGCGUACGGAGGUGGGCAGAGGACUCGGGGGCUUCGGUUUCAACCAAAGCGGCUCGAGAAGCUUUAUGCAGCCCGGAUCGACCUCCAUCUCUCUUCCGCAGUCCCCGGUCGCGUCCUCCUCUUAUUUUCUCCCUCAUCCCCACCAAAUGUCCAUGGAACCCCCAAGGACUCGAUCGCGUUCCCGGUCUGGAUACUACCAACAGUACGGUGUUGGGAGCAGCGGAGUAUCAAACCACCACCACCAGCAGCAGCUACAGCCUCAGCACGGUGCCGGGUGCGCGCCGCUCGGAGCUCACAGCAAUCCGGAGCACCAGCAGCGACCACCAGGAAGCAACGCCUCCCCCGGGAUACAGAGGCUCCCCUCGGUUCCAGGAGUGCACCACAUCCCGGUGGCAGGAGCCUCCGGUGGAGCCUACCCCUGCCACCCUGACCACUUGUAUGGAGAGGAGCGCGAUAAGAGCGAGGAAAGUCCCAGUCCAAAGCGCCAGAGGCUGUCCAGUCAGUCUGUCUUAGAGCAGCUGACCUCAACGGCACCCCCGCCUUCCACCCCCUCUCCCCCCAUCCGCCCCUGGGAGUCGGGACCUCCGAGUCGGCGGCAGCCUCACCCCCACCCGCUCUACCAGCAGGAGCGGUGCCUGACUCCUGCACGGCUCAGACGCAGUCCACCAGCGAGGCGUCAGCGCGGCCGCCUCUCCAGACCUAGCCGCCAACUCGCUCCUCAACACCACCCCUCUGCUCAAGGACUCACACCUCACCCGUCUCCACCAGAGCUCCAGGAUGAAAACUACCACCACAACCCACUUCCCUCCGCCCUCCAGCCCUACCCGACACACAUGCCGAGCACGUACAGUCAGCCUCCCACGGCCGGAGUGGGUCCGGAAGAGCCCCGGGCCUUCCACCCCCCAGCUUUGUCGCCUCAGCUACUGCACCCAGCCGCUCACCCCCAUCCCCACCAUCACCACCAGCAGCAGCAGCAGCAGCAGCAAGGAGCCAUGGUGCUGGACUUGCAUGAGCGGCUGCAGCACAGCAGCGUCCCCGUCUCCUACACCGUCAGCCCCGUCCCUCCUCACGGCCUCGCCGCACCUCUGUGUAGCAGCCAGCCCCUCCCCCCGUCCUGCUCGUCGCAGCAGCAGGUCCCCGCCUGCAGCGUGGUCUUCAGCACCGGACAGCACUACCACCCGAUGUUACAGGCGUGUUCCAUGCACCAUUUGCCCGUUCCUUACGCUUUUCCUUCCCUGCUGUCCAGCGAUCCUCCCUUCCUGAUCUCUUCUUCACAUCUGUCCCACCACCCGCCCCACCUCCCGACACACGCUCAGUUCCUGCCUUUCCAGACGCCGCAGGCACGAUCGCCUUUACAGAGAAUUGAAAACGAGGUGGACAUGGUGGGGGAGCAGCUUCCUGUUGGUGGGAGUUUUAGCUACGCCCACCAUCACCACCACCACCAUCAUCAUCACCAGCCUCCCUCCACGCUGCCGCCCUCCACGCCGCUCCACUUCCUCUCCCACCAUGACCCGCUCUCACAGGAGCUCUUCACAGUGCCAUACCCCCACUUUAUGCCUCGCCGAUUCCAGAACCGACGCUUCCGCUCGCCGCAGACCGUGCCUCCUUCCCCAUAUCAUCCCAGCUUCCUGCCUUACUUCCUAUCUAUGCUUCCCGUUCCCCCGAAUGUGGCUCCCGCCAUCAGCCUCGAGCUGGAUGUGGACGAUGGAGAGGUGGAGAACUACGAGGCCCUGCUGAACCUGGCUGAGCGUCUGGGAGAAGCCAAACCUCGCGGUUUAACCAAGGCGGACAUUGAGCAGCUUCCGUCGUACCGAUUCAACCCCAACAACCAUCAGUCUGAGCAAACGCUAUGUGUCGUGUGCAUGUGUGAUUUUGAGUCCCGCCAGCUCCUCAGAGUUCUGCCCUGUAAUCACGAGUUCCACGCCAAGUGUGUAGACAAGUGGCUGAAGGCCAACCGGACCUGCCCUAUCUGUCGAGCCGACGCCUCCGAGGUCCAGCGGGACUCUGAGUGACUCUGAGUGACUCGAUCCCUCCACUCUAUUCUUGGAUGCGCCACUCAAUUAGUGAACUCACACGUUCUGCCGGACAACUGGGACUACUCCUCAUUGAUCGUCCUACAGCAGGAAUUCUCACUAGGAAGGAAACAUUUCUGCUCACAUUUUCCUGAUAAAUAGCCUUUUCAUGUCCUCGUGUGACCGGACGGUGGAAAAUACGGUUGUUCCGAAAGACCUUGAAUGGAGACUUGGUUUUCCAAAGAUUUUAUUUUUAAUUUAAUCAAGUUUUCAAAUGUUGUUGAGCAGAAACAGUCUGGCCUCAAAGCUAUCCCCGAUCCAGAUCCUGGUCCGCGGCGUAGCCCUGAUCCGGUUCAGGGGCGUGGUCUUAGCCCCGAUCCUGAUCCUGGUCCGGGGUAGUGCCAGCCCUGAUCCUGAUCCGGGUCUGGGUCUGGGGCGUGGUCUUGGCCCCGACCCUGAUCCUGGUCCGGGUUAAUGCUAGCCCUGAUCCGGGUCUGGGUCUGGGGCGUGGUCUUAGCCCCGACUCUGAUCCUGGUCCGGGUUAAUGCUAGCCCUGAUCCUGAUCCGGGUCUGGGGCGUGGUCUUAGCCGCGACCCUGAUCCUGGUCUGGGGUAGUGCUAGCCCUGAUCCGGGUCUGGGUCUGGGGCGUGGUCUUAGCCCCGACCCUGAUCCUGGUCCGGGGUAGUGCUAGCCCUGAUCCUGAUCCGGGUCUGGGGCGUGGUCUUAGCCCCGACCCUGAUCCUGGUCCGGGGUAGUGCUAGCCCUGAUCCUGAUCCGGGUCUGGGGCGUGGUCUUAGCCCCGACCCUGAUCCUGGUCCGGGGUAGUGCUAUCCCCGAUCCAGAUCCGGGUCCGCGGCGUAGCCCUGAUCUGGGUCUGGGGCGUGGUCUUAGCCCCGACCCUGAUCCUGGUCCGGGGUAGUGCUAGCCCUGAUCCUGAUCCGGGUCUGGGGCGUGGUCUUAGCCCCGACCCUGAUCCUGGUCCGGGGUAGUGCUAUCCCCGAUCCAGAUCCGGGUCCGCGGCGUAGCCCUGAUCUGGGUCUGGGGCGUGGUCUUGGCCCCGACCUUGAUCCUGGUCUGGGGUAGUGCUAGCCCUGAUCCUGAUCCGGGUCUGGGGCGUGGUCUUAGCCCCGACCCUGAUCCUGGUCCGGGGUAGUGCUAUCCCCGAUCCAGAUCCGGGUCCGCGGCGUAGCCCUGAUCUGGGUCUGGGGCGUGGUCUUAGCCCCGACCCUGAUCCUGGUCCGGGGUAGUGCUAGCCCUGAUCCUGAUCCGGGUCUGGGGCGUGGUCUUAGCCCCGACCCUGAUCCUGGUCCGGGGUAGUGCUAUCCCCGAUCCAGAUCCGGGUCCGCGGCGUAGCCCUGAUCUGGGUCUGGGGCGUGGUCUUAGCCCCGACCCUGAUCCUGGUCCGGGGUAGUGCUAGCCCUGAUCCUGAUCCGGGUCUGGGGCGUGGUCUUAGCCCCGACCCUGAUCCUGGUCCGGGGUAGUGCUAGCCCUGAUCCUGAUCCGGGUCUGGGGCGUGGUCUUAGCCCCGACCCUGAUCCUGGUCCGGGUUAAUGCUAGCCCUGAUCCUUAUCAUGAUUUGGAUCGUAGUCCUAGCCAGGACCCGGAUCCAUGCGCAUCUUUUUGGUUUGAGCCAUCACUCCCGUAUGGAGGUCAAAGGUUAUUUGAUAUAUUUUAGCAGAGUAUUCGAUUUAGCGCUGAGAGCGACUCCGUUAGUUUUGAUUCUUCCCACAAAUCAUGAACACGACUCGUUCCAGACAAGUCGGUAAAAACCAGGAGGACGGCCGUGUUUGUGUCUCGUUUGCCUCCUGUUAGCGUCGACGACUCGAGCUAGCUCUCUAGCAUUUUUCACCGGCGAAUUUGGCACAUCUGCACUUUUAAGUGAAAGACUUUUAAACCCAGAUGCUUUUUGGUUCAUUCAAAACAAACGACCCAUUCAGCGCGUCUCCCAGCCUCGGUGGUCCGAUCGUUCCCUGAUCCUUUAGCGGCGUCACGUUAACAGAAACACCUCGGCUGAAUGAGCGAGUUGUUUCCCGUAGCAGGAAAUGGCCAUCAGACCAGAUUACUGAUGACUCCCUGGGACAAACGCCUGCUUCCUCCACGUCCACCGCUCUGCUCAUUAAAGAAUUACGAUGUUUUUCACUGUUCAAACUCCUGAAUGGGAAUCGACAGAACUUGAGUGAUUUCAUCCGUUUUGUGUGUUAUUAUUUGGUACACUAGCUAUUACCUCAUUCCUGCUAUGUAUGUCUUCACAGAACACAGCCUGUGUAACUAGUGCUUUAUCCUGUUGAGUUUGUUUUUAAACACUGACUGCUGGGUUAACGUCGUCCCUUCGAGCUCUAUGAGACUAUCAUUAAACCAGUGUCGUCGUAGGUUCAUCAUGUAUAUCUGUAACCAAAAUCAGUCGAAGGCUUGUUACGAUGGAAAUUUCUAACAAACAUUUGUACAUUUUGUAUGAGAGUUACUUAUGGUAAUACUUUAUUAAGUAGUGCAAUGAUUUUUUUAAUUCCUUACCCCAUCUUUUGGAUUUCAAAAGCUGGUUCGAUAAUAAAGCUAUAACUUUCUCUUC